UUGACCGCAUACUUUCUGACGUAGCUUUUCGUUAUUCAGCUCCCUCUCUCGACGCGCGAAUGGCUUCGAUUUUAUUACGCCGAAGCAAUUUUCACGCGAGUAGACUCUUUUUAACGGCAGCUGCAGCCCUAAGUGUAGCUCCAAAGAUACUUAUGGCUGAGUUCUGCAGUACCGGAAAAUGCAACGAUGAAGUUGAGAAAGCAAAAUUUGCCUCUGACGCGGCAGAGAAAUAUCAACCACAAGACACAAUUUUCGGCAAGAUCCUGCGAAAGGAAAUUCCUGCUGAUAUAAUUUAUGAAGACGAUAAGGCUAUUGCUUUUCGUGAUGUCAAUCCUGUGGCACCCACGCAAGUUUUGGUGAUUCCUCGUAAAGCCAUUACACAGUUAGCAGCAAGCACCGAAGAAGACAUACCUCUUUUAGGCCAUUUAUUGUGGGUGGCAAAGAAAGUUGCUGAUCAGGAAAACCUGAAAGAUGGUGGAUAUAGGAUUGUGAUCAACAAUGGACGUGAUGGGGCUCAGUCAGUGUAUCAUCUUCACAUUCAUGUUAUUGGUGGACGACAAAUGUCCUGGCCACCCGGCUGAUUGAGGCGUUGAAUAAGCCAUUUCCAAAUUACCUUUAGCCUCCUUCUAAAAAUGAAUGUAUUAUUUCAUGCGAUUGUAUUAUCAUAUGAAGAGAUGAACAUCAGGACUCGCUUUGAAAAAGAGGCCAAAGGUAAUUCGGAAGUGGGCUAUUUACAAAACCUGGGGGAAAGAGAUCCAUCACCUUUAAUGUAGUAAAUUAUAAUUAUUAUUAAGUAGUCAAUACCAGAGUUGCAGGAGUCAAAGAAAGAAGAAGACUUCUUUUGGCCCCUUUUUAGUCGUUGGUAUACGGGAACGCCUCUAUCACAUUUCUGAAGUAAUGCUGCGACGUUAAAAUUUAACUCGACCUUUCUUCGAAGGAGUUUCGAUUUUAAUUAAAAUGCUCAUCACAGUUAGCACAUGU